AAAAUCCCAGUAGGCACCUAAAUCCUUUAAAAAACCUGGCCCUUGGUCCCCUCUCUAGUUAAAAUAAGUCUGUAAUCUUUGUCUGCAUUGCUUAUUAGUGAGCCUAGUCUGUGUGAUGCUUCUGACAUGUAUGGAGCCAAAUAUAGUGCUCUGAAACAUUCUAGUUCUCAGUACAAAUUGGUGGACUGCAAUCUGCAGAUUUAGCUAAAGCUAGGAAAAGGAGAUGUAACAGGCCAGGAGGUUAGACUGUGUACCAUGUUGUUCAUGAAAUCUUUUGUUUAAAGUAUUCUGUAUACAAGUCUUGGUACACUGAAAUCUUUUAAUCAUAGGAAGUUUUAUGUGCCUUAAAUGAUGUGGUGAUUUACUUUCUGUGCAUAAAGACAUGGGCAUUAUGCUGUAAGGAAUGAACAGUCUUCAUUUUAUAAUUACUUGGAUCAUCUUCUGAACUUCCAAGGGCUUGUCUAAAUACAGAAUUACACUGGUUUAACUAAAGCUAUGGUCUUAAACUGGUACAAACCCCUGUGUAGAUGCUCUUAUUUUGGUUUAGCUUAGGUCAGUUAGAGCAGGCUUAAUCUAACCCAAAGUUAGCCACUCUCAAACCAAAAGAAGUAUCAUAAAGUCUUUUCACUGGUUUAAACUACAUUUAAAAAUCUUUAAUUAAACCAAUGCUCUUUGUUUGUAGACAAGCCCUACAUUUAGUAAGCCUGAUACUAAAAUGACAUUUUCCAUUCUCAUAUUCACUCUGCUUCUGUGUGAUAUCCCUUCCUCACCUCUGCCCAGUCUGUGUCUGUCUUGUCUGUUUAGUUUUUAAGCUCUUUGGGGCAGGGACCGUCUGCUACUCAGUGUUUGUACAGAGUCUAGCUGGCACAAUAAGGACCAAUUCUUCAUUGGUACUGAGGCCCCACAAUAAUUAAUGUGAUUAAUGAUUAACUUAGUUUUGUCUUAGUACAGAAGUGGUAGAGUGGGGCGAAGAGAGAGCAAAGACCAUUCGCUUUCAUCAUGGGGGACAUGAAAACCCCGGACUUUGAUGACCUUUUGGCGGCUUUUGACAUCCCAGACCCAACUAGCCUUGAUGCCAAGGAGACCAUACAGUCAACUGGUGAAGAGAACGAAAAUCACUUAAAGCCAUCAGGAAUUUGUAUAGAUGAAAAUGUGUCCUUGUCUCACUCAGUGCCGGCUCCUGAUACCCCUGUUGUGAGUGUUAUUGUGAAGAACACAAGUCGUCAGGAGUCCUUUGAAGCAGAGAAGGAGGGGAAUCACCUUGGAGCUGGUCUGUUACACAAUGGGUUCCGUGGGUCUGAUCUGCCAUCAGAGGCUCACAACUUAGUGCACAGUUAUGGGAAAUUUGAUUCUGCUUUUAUUAAUGGUGAUAGUUCGAAAAACUUUUCUGAAAAAUUGGACCAAUCAAAGUCCGAACCUUUACCCACAUUCAGUCAGUUCAGCCCUAUCUCCAGCCCUGAACCGGAGGAUGCUUUCAAAGAGAACAGUAUUGAUGAUAAACCAAAACAUGGCCAAACUCCAUAUUUCACACCAACUCCAAUGUAUAUUCCAACUGCGGCUUCAGUUCUAGAUUCACUUAGGAAGUUACCAGAGCCAGAAUUGAGUAUGUUUGAUCAAUAUUGUAAAAAAGAACAAAAGAUGGAGAUUCAUAGUCAGCAAGAAAAUAGACUGGACUUGAGCAGAAAAGAACAAGACAGAGUAGCAGAGAAGUUUGUAGAAUCCAGCAAAGAUCUAGUGGAUACCAACAACUUCCUUGGAGAAGGCUUGACAUUUCGAAGCUUCCACAACAAUAACUUGAAGGAAAGCCGAGGGUCUAUGCCUGAGGUGAACUUUUCUUCAUCAAUCCCACCUCGCCAACGUCUAAAGCCAGCUCACUCAAAAUUGUCAUCUUGUGUUGCUGCAUUAGUAGCUCUUCAGGCCAAAAAAGUUGCAUGUAUUCCAAAAGAAGAUCAAACAAAUCUUACAAAAGAACCUUCUGGCCAUUUUAAAGAUGGCAUGAAAGGAAGCCCCAAAAUGCCUAAGUCACCAAAGAGCCCAAGAAGCCCCCUAGAGGUGGUAAAAAAGGCCAACAAGCAGCCCGAGAGUCCUCGGAGUGUGUGCAGUGAUAGUAGUGGAAAAGGCUCUCCCUCCAUGGCAGCUGGCUCUCCGCCGGCUAUUCCCAAAGUUAGAAUAAAAACUAUUAAGAUGUCUUCUGGUGAAAUUAAAAGAACUGUAACUAGAAUCUUGCCAGAAGCUGAAGAAUUGGGCAAAUCCCCUGAGGAGUCAUGUGCAGAAGGUUCGGCCACGGAAGAGUUUACUAAGUCCUUCCCUUCACCUGAUACUAGUGCAGUCACAGAAAAUGAGGCAAGCAAGGGUUCCACCAAAAAUGCAGCUGCCACAGCUGUUCAAGUGUCAAAUGUUGUGAGCCCCUGUAUAGAUGAUACGAAAACAGAGACUACUGACAACAGCACACCCAAUGUGUCUUCGUCUCCACUGCCAAACUGUGGCAGUGAUGCCAUAAAAAUAGGUAAUGUGGGUCAGCAGCCCAACAAGAGGCAGCAGCAGGGUACAGUGAUGCAGCCAUCUAACCCCACCACUUCCAGCCUCCUUCCCAAGGCCGUACAUCUAGCAAAUCUCAAUUUAGUUCCACACAGUGUUGCUGCUUCUGUCACAGCAAAGUCCUCUGUACAAAGGCGAAGUCAGCCUCAGCUAACUCAAAUGUCAGUGCCACUGGUACAUCAAGUAAAGAAAGCUGCUCCUGUAAUUGUGGAGGAAUUUAAUAAAGUACUAAACAGUAACAAUCUUGUGCCAGUGUAUUCUCCAAACCUCAGCCCACCACCUGACAGCAAUAUUCAGUUACCUGUAUCUGGGUAUUGUUGCCUGGAAUGUGGAGAUUCAUUUGCCUUAGAAAAAAGCCUAACUCAACACUAUAGUAGGCGAAGUGUCCACAUUGAAGUCAUGUGUACUCAGUGUUCAACUCUGCUGCUGUUCUUUAACAAGUGUAGUUUGCUUAAACAUGCGAGAGAGCACAAGAGCAAAGGAUUGAUUAUGCAAUGUUCUCAGCUGUUAAUGAAACCAAUUUCCUUAGAUGAAAUGUUUUCACCUUUUCCUACAAACUCUUCAGUGUCUUUGGCCCCUCAGACUUUGCAUUUCCCAUCUCCUUCAUGUAAACCUAGUGCUACAUCAGGAAGUGGGACAGGAACCUCUAUCAACACUCACCCAGCCAUGCCUCUGUAUGCAGACCCAUUGAGACUAAUCCGUCAUGGACUAAAGUGUCUUGAAUGUAACAAGCAGGCGCAGGAUUAUGUUGCUCUAGCAGCACACUUCCAGAGAACCUCAGAAGAUAAUGAGGGACUGACUUGUCAGGUGUGCCAGAUGAUGCUGCCUAACCAGUGCUGCUACUGUGCUCAUCAAAGAAUCCAUACUCACAAGUCCCCUUACUGCUGCCCAGAGUGCGGGAUACUGUGCCGAUCAGCCCAUUUCCAAACCCAUGUCAAGGAGAAUUGCCUACAUUACUCUCGCAAAGUUGGAUACAGGUGUAUCCACUGUGGAGUUGUCUUUAUGUCGCUAGCUAUGCUGAAAGCGCAUAUUCACGAGAAACACUGCGAAGUCUUCCACAAAUGUUCUUUUUGUCCAAUGGCCUUCAAAUCUGCAGACAGUACCACUGCCCAUAUUACUAGCCAGCAUCCAGAAGAGCCUCACAAGACUACUCAGGUUAUCUACAAAUGUUCUUGUGAGACUGUCUUUAACAAGAAGAAGCUGCUCCAGGAGCACUUCCAACAGAAUGCCAACAAGCUGUUGGUGGGAGUAUUUAAGUGUCCGCAGUGUCAAUUAGUGUAUAUGCAGAAACAGCAAUUAAUGCAGCAUGUCAAGGCUGUUCAUGGGCUCCCCCCAUAUCCUGAGGAUGUCUCUAACCUUCGACCGAAGCCUCAGACAACAUCCAGCAACCAAGUUCUUACACCACCCAAGGAGUUGUCAGUAGCCAAUGGUACUUCCCAUACCGCUUUGCCAAGGAAGGACACAAGAGUGGAACACAACUCAGAAUCAAAACCCAUCGUAAAAAGUGUUGGUUGGACUUGUAGGGAGUGUUCACAAUGGAACCCUGAUCGGGAAAACUAUGUGUCCCAUAUGAAGAAAAUCCAUGGAAAGUCUGUGAAGAGAUAUCCCUGUCGGCAGUGUGAGCAUUCGUUCAACGAUUUCAACAGUCUGGGCAGACACAUUCGCAAUAAUCAUGACACAGCAAAGAAAGUUUACACUUGCUGGUUCUGCACAGAUGAAAAUCAAACAUUUGCUCAGCCUUCCAUGCUGGAGAAUCACAUCAGCCUCAUGCACGGCAUCAAAAACCCGGACCUGUCCCAGAUGUCCAAAGCAAAAGCUCCAGAGUGUGAUUCAACAAAAGUAAUUUACAUGGCGAAAUCUCCAAAGAGAGUGUCUGCAGAUACUCCAGGACAGAUGGCAACCACUGAAGCUCCACCAGCCAAAAAACUGAAGACACAUUGGAAAUGUGCUAAAUGUGGAUUUGCAACAGAUAUCAGUACUGAAUUUCAGGAACACAUACCUCAGCACAAGGCGGACAACUCUACUUCUCAAUGCUUGCUCUGUGGCUUGUGUUAUACAUCUCACAUCUCUCUGAACAGGCACCUCUUUAUUGUUCAUAAAGUAAAAGAUCCAGUAGAGGAAGAGGAAAGGGAAAAGUUACAAACAGAGACAAAUGAGAAUGGACAUGAAGCGUAUAACAGAGAGACGAACACUACAAUGGAGGAAGAAAAUAGUUUGAAAUGCAAAAUGUGCAAGAGUGACUCAGUGCUUUGUACACACAGUCAGAGGUGUGGCCUGGAGGAUUCCAGUAGCAGCUCUCAGAACAAUCAUUCAAAUGCUACUAAGAUUUAAGAAAAGAACAUUUUUUACUCAAAAUAUUGGGUGGGAGUGGGGCAGAUCUUUGAAAUAUCCUGUUUAUUUCUUGGGCUGGACUGUGCUUUCCAUUAACUUUUAAUUUGUAAGGGAAAUAAAAACUGCUUCCACCUCCAUAGCACUGAAUCUCUGCCAGAUCAGAGGUGAAAAGAGAAAGCAGGACAAGAUACCCCACUGGAACUUGUCUAACUCCUAAGGAUGCAGGAGCACUUUCUGAAGCUGCAGUUUUCUUUCUGAAAAUGAGCUCUCUUCCUUUGAGUGUGCACUGCCUCUGCCUGGAGCCCCAGUCUUGCCUCCUUUCUUUUAGUUUUCUUCUAGUAUUUAUGGCUUAAAUUCCCCUUCCAACCUUCCGCUUUAUCACUCAAAUCCAUAAGACUGUCAACCAAAUAUACUGGUCAUACAAAUCUACGUUAAAUCCUUUCCCAUCAUGCAGCAGAUGCAAACCAUAGCUUUUGUGUAGGCUACACCAUGCUGUUUCAUUGCCCUAGAACAGGGGUGUGCAAACUUUGUGGCCCGAGGGCCACAUCUGGGUAUGGAAAUUGUAUGACGGGCCAUGAAUGCUCACAGAAUUGAGGGUUGGGAUGUGGGAGGGCUCCAGCUGGGAUUGUGG